GACCACCUUGAGCACCCACUCGACCACCUCGAGCCAUGCGCCGCGGCCAACGGCACAACGCCAUCACCAACUCGCCCGUCGUCCGCUCCUUCAUCCGACCUGUCCUCUCCUCGGUCCCCGCCGCUACAGCCGCCGCCACGACUAGCGCAGCACGGCAAGAGACGCUCAACAAGUACCUGGGCGAGGUCGCGCAGCCGGACGAGCAGUGGCUGAUCCCGACUCAGCCCUCGCUCGUCGCGGCGGCGGGAGGUGCGGUCGUCGGCGUCGAGGACGAGGGCAAGCGGCCCGAGUCGAGCGACGUCAAGGGCAAGAAGCGCGCUCGAGUCGACGAGCUCGACGGCGAGGCGCACGCGGUCGAGUACGACGCGGCGGCGGGCACUCGGUUCGGCGUCCAGGUGCGCUACUCGGAGGACAACCUGCCCCUCGAGCUCGACAAGUACUGGGCGCAGCGGUACCGCCUCUUCUCGCUGUUUGACGACGGGUGCGAGAUGGACCGCGAGGGGUGGUACUCGGUCACGCCCGAGAACGUGGCAGCCCAGAUCGCCGAGCGCUGUCGAAGCGGCACCAUCGUCGACGCGUUCUGCGGCGUCGGCGGCAACGCGAUCCAGUUUGCCUUCACCUGCGAGCGAGUCAUCGCUCUCGACACGUCGCCCGUCCGCCUCGCGUGCGCCGCCCACAACGCGCGCGUGUACGGCGUCGCCGACCGCAUCACGUUCAUCCUCGGCGACUGGGUCGCGUGGGCGCGAGCGUACGCCGAGCGACUCGAGCGCGGCGAGGUCACGAGCGACGAGGACCGCGUCGAGUGCGUCUUCUUGUCGCCGCCGUGGGGCGGGAUCGACUAUCAGACGACGCUGUCGACGACGGCGGGUCCGGUGCAGCCGCCGGCGAAGAAGAAGAAGCGGCGGCGGCAGUCGUCGGGCGUCGACGGCGGCGAGGACGACCCAGCGGCGCCGGCACGAGGAGGAGCUGGCGCCUACCCGCUGUCGGCGCUCGCCCCGCUCCACGGCGCCGACCUGUUCGCCCUCGCGCGCCGCAUGACGCCCAAUGUCGCCAUGUUCCUCCCUCGCAACGUCGACCUCCUCGAGCUCGCGACGCUGCCCGGGCUCGGCGAGACGGAGAAGGUCGAGGUCGAGGAGUCGUGGAUGGGGUGGAAGUGCAAGGCCGUGACAGCCUACUUCGGUGAGCUGGCGGUGGGCAAUGGGUACGUCGACGGAGGGGCGGACGAUCUGGACCGUUGAGCAGCGUCGCUCGGUGUGCAACUCGUCGUCCUCUCACUUUGC